AUGUCGACAUACUCGCAGCAGUACCACGCCUUUCCAGACCAAGCUCUUUUCGUCGAUCCCCAUGCCUUUGUCUUCGGCGGCCAGUACGAUGCGCGACAGCGCUCCAAGACACCAACCGACUCUCUGGUCAAUCAUACCGGGCACUCGCCUGGACCACUUGCGACCCCGCCGCCUUUGAGCCGGGGCCCAUCACAGCAGCCCGAACUGCUCCAGGAUCCUGAGCACAUGUUAUGGGACAAUGGUAGCUCUUCAACGUCCCCUACGUCUGUGAGGACGCCGGACGGUGACUCUUUCGAGGUGGAGAUGCUCGACUCCGACUCCAUGCGCAACUACUACCACCAAAACGGUAAUACCGUAGCUUCACAGACUUCGCCUACUGGGCUACCGACCAUGGAUUCCAACAUGCUCUUUACUGCUCACGGUACCUUUAGCGACCAAGCCGUCCAAGCAGCCUUCAAUGCUACAAUGGCCGACCCGCAAGUAUUCCAGCAGCAGUAUAAUAUGCAAGCCCACCAAGCGCAACAAAUGCCAAUGAUGCACUCCCAGAACAACAUGUACGACCAGAACUACACCACCCAGCCACCCCGCUAUGACCCUUGGAACGGACAGGGACCCUCAAGAUCUUCAAUGACACCUAGGUCGGGCCAUGUACUCUUCGACCCAGCGAGCGACCCAGUGAACUACUCCGAGUAUUUGGUCGAUGUGGACACCUGGGCGGCACACUACACCGACCCUUCGUCUCUCAUCUCGCCCAGCGAGCCCACUAUUCCAAUCCAUGAGAACAUGUUCUUCUCACCAACACAGAACCUCGCUCCAUCGUUUGAUCCAGUCCCACAGACGCCACUACAGCAUCGUGGCUCUCUAGACAUGCAGCAUCGGGGUUCUUUUGAUACGCAGCAUCGAGGUUCCUUCGACACGCAGCAUCGGGGUUCCUUCGAUACGCAACAUCGAGGCUCCUUCGACACACAGCAUCGUGGCUCUGUAGACAUACAGCAGAGAGGAUGCUCACCACCACCGGACCACCAGAACUUCGUCAAUUACAAUGCCACUUCUAGCCUCUUCACUGAGAAUUACAUUACUACCAAUAAUGCCUUUUCAGCAUCACCAUCUGCAACAUCGGCAACUGGCCUUCACCCAUCUUCUCCCUUCCAGCCAGAGAUCAGUCCAUCUGUACCUAGCCCAGGAAGUUCUGAAAGCAUGUACUCAGUCUACCAGCAUUCGGACUCUGGGAUGAUGGUGGAUCAGUUUCAGACGCAGCAACUCGGGAAUUUGCAGCAACCACAAAUGCAAACUCUGAAAGUAGACCAUGUCAUUCAUAGUGGUGUACCAGAAAUGAGUUUCGAUGCGUCUCCUGAGCCGGAAUCGUCUCGGAGUGCAGCACAGAAAGCGCUAGCAGCGAAGUCCGGGGGCAGAGCCCUGGGCACUCACUUGGAGCCCACGGUCGCCAAAGCAGCGCAUGACAUGCGUAAGAUUGUUGCAUGUUGGCAUUGUGUGUUGCAGAGAGACAAAUGCGGUCCUGGAGACAUCUGUGACCGGUGCUUUAAGCGAUCUCAGCGGCCCAAUGCUGACUGCGGUCUUGGAUGCAACCGUAUGAAGCUCAUCGACCUGUCGCCCUACUUCUUGCCCUCGCUCGUCACCCAGAUGCACGAAGAUUCGAAUCUCACUCGCUUUGUCACCCAAUACAUUCAGCAGUGGGGCAGUGACGAACUCACAGUUUUCAUGACAUGCGGUCAGAACAGCAUGCCCAGGAUUCCUGUCAAGGUUUAUGAGUUUAUUCCCCGUGGAGACGAGCUAUUAGUACAAAUUCAAUACAGGCUCGACCCAAGGACCCAGAAAAGAGUUCCGAUCAAGAAGCGAAGUCCAGCAUUGGGCAUGGUACACAUCAAUCACAACGAGGAGAAGAAGUACGACAAGUACAUUUCCGACAUCGUCGACCACCACCUCGACGCUUUUGGCGAGCUCUGCUGGAUGGAAGACGACAAUGACUUCCAGCAAAAGCUUUUCAAGUUGAUGACGCGCGUGAAGCCAAAGUCGGACGACGAAUCCAAGCUCCUUCGCGAAAUCUUCCGCCUUAUCAUCGUCACCUUUAUCAUGUCGCACACGCUCACCAUUGCUGAGGAAACCAAGGUAGCAACACUAUCCCGUAUGCAUUCAUAUGGUGGCCCCAACUCUUAUGUGGAUAACUUCACAUCGCCGCGCAUGACGAAUCGACAGCUCAAAUACUUUUUCUCGCGCCUUCAACGAUCCAUCCAGGCCAAUGUCCUCAACAAGUUACAACAAAUUCUCAAAUCAUCCAAAGGAUGUGACAAAUGGCUUGCGGCCUUUGUUGCAGUAUUGGGCAUGUGCAUGGCGCUUGAGGACCAGCAGAAGACCAUUCACCUGGUGAUGUUGACUAAAGCCCAGACUGAAGGACUCGACCAAAGGGACGCACAGGAUAUGGCGGAUGAAGCGUGUCGUGAAAUUGACAACAGGAUGCAUUUUGUGCAACAAAUCUUCCGGUGGAAGUACAACCGCAAGUGUAAUCCGAUGCGUGAUGCCGAUCUCGAUUGGGAGAAGGAGGUUGGAUUUGGAGAUGCAUCAAGUGUAAAUUUUGUCAGGCAGACUGCGCAGUUGGUGAAGGAGAACAUUGACUUCCUACAAAGAAGACAAGCAGUAAGCAUCUCGCCCGCGAACCAGACAAAGUAUACAUCGCGCCUCGUCGGGCAAUUCCUGCUUUCCUUCUGGCUUCCAAGCGUGUAAUGCUACUGCGAAGAUUUUUCCGCGCCGUCAUUCUUGUUUCAAUAUCUGUUGCAUUUCUGCAUGGAAAUGUUCUACGCGCUUUCUUCAUCAUGUCACGCUUGUAACGGCCUGCUUUCCCGGAGACCCAUGGUCUCUGUCGCCCUUCAUUCACGAAAAUCUGCGGCAUGGCAUCUGCCCCGCUGGUCUACGAAUUACGACUUCCAACUACUUCUCGAUCGUUUCGAUUCUUACGAGAUAAUAGUUUAUACCCUUUCUGGUUUCUUGGUGGUGUAAUUAUUUAGAGGAAAGGGACUUUGGGCUCAUCAUGAGCAAACGACCAGCAUGUAACGUAGCAUAUCUACUACAAUAAAUUCAUAUUAUUGAAAGUUUAU